AUGAGUGAAGAAGAAGUUACUAUCUCGCCUUCACAGCUUGGAACCAAAGAAUAUUGGGAUGGGCGUUAUCAAAUGGAACUAGAAAACUUCAGAGAUUGCGGUGAUGAGGGAGAAAUUUGGUUUGGACAAUCAGCUGAGAAUAGAAUUUGCAAGUAUCUAAAAGCCACGGCGCCAUGUGAUUCCAAAAUUCUUGACCUCGGCUGUGGAAACGGCUCAGUCCUCCGAUCUUUGAGAUCAAAGGGUUUCAAGUUUUUAAUCGGGGUUGAUUAUUCCCCAGCAGCUAUUGAGUUAUCCAAUAGUAUAUCUGUUCAAGAUGCCGAAGAAAAUGACUUCGAAACUAAAAUAGAUUUUCAGGUUUUGGAUAUUUUGAAUGAUCAACAGGUUCAAAACUUAGCUUCAAAAUUUGAUUAUGUUCUUGAUAAAGGGACAUGGGACGCUAUGAGUUUGUCUGACGAUAGAGAAUCAAGGAUGAAAGCUUACAAAAAAACAGUUGUUCUCAGUCUGACAAAAGGAGGGGCUUUGUUGUUGUUCUCUUGCAACUUCACGAAAGAUGAGUUGAUAGACAUGUUUUCUGGAGAAGAGUUGGACUACGAAUCAGAGAUUCCAGCAACUCAUGUAAUAUCGUACGGCGGAAAAAAAGGAGUUACGUCAACUGGAAUAGUUUUCAGAAUGAAAUAA